AUGGAUCAAUUGGUAUUGGAACCGGGGAAACCUGUGGAGGAUGAUGUGGAGAAUUGGGAUGAUGACGAUCUUGAUAUUGGGGGCGAUGAUUUUACACUUCGAAGUGCCUCAGUAGCAACGACUGCAACCAUUGCUUCGACACGCAGAGAGUCUGUUUCUUCACGUUUGUCUAUAAGAUCGGACUUCAAUGAGGAAAGACAGGUACAUUUACCAGAAGAUGAUGAACGAGCCACAAACGAUGCGAUCGCCACAGCAAAAAGAGCCGGCAUACCUUUACCAGAGAACAUACCUUCCUCGGCUUUAUUGGGAGGAACUAUCAAAAGACUUGGUGGAAGAAAAGUGCGGAAAAUAAUUUCAGACGAUUGGGAUGAUGGGGACCUCGAAGUACCCGCUGGACAAGCCCUGAAGAUCAAGCGGCAAGAUGGUUCUAGAUUCCCAGAGACACUCCGUCAAGUGAGUGGCGGCUCGAGUUUCUUGAGUCCCCAAAAAACAUUGAUGGCUGCCCCAGUAUUCCAUGUUAGCCCUAGACCUGAAUUGAAAACAAAGACCGCAUCGACCAACAUGCUUGAUCGUUACCGAGAUGAGGAAGACGAUGACUUCCUUGGAGAUGGGGAAGCUACCAUAAAGGUUGCAAAGAAACGAAAUCCACAGUCCGUCAUAUCCAUCACGUCACCCACACCAGAGAAGCCUACAGAAACCGAAGAAGAUUUUGAACAAGAUCUGCAAUUCCCUUCCGAUGGAGCUCUGAAGCUCACUACCCGUAAAGAUAUCCCGAAGACCCCCCAGAGCAUCCAGGACGAUUUUGACGAUUGGGGUGAAGGUAGUUUAGGUACUCGAUUUGGCGGAACAAAAAGAGAUGGUCGAUCCAACAGGAAUUCAGAUUCAUUUGCUAUGAGCCCCAGUAUUGCCAGUUCCAUGACUGCUGAGAGCGAAGAUGAAGGUCUUGAUGGUUUGGUGCUACCCAGCGGCCCCCUCAAUUUCGAUGACAUUCUCAAGAAGCGUCAACAAAACGAUUGGUCCCGUCAAGUAGAGGCAAAGCAACCAAGAAAGAGUUUUGGUGGAAAAGAUGACUUCUUGACUGGGCUUGAGAUUGGCGACGGGGACGUGUUUGAUUCGAAGAAACUCACAUUAAAUCGUAACGUUAAGGUCAAAACCACUAAACAACAAAGCCCAAGUCGACCCAAACCAUCCGUUUCAUUGACUUUCACGAACAAACCCGCGCCACCUUCUACCUCACGACUCCCUCGGCCACUUGGACAUGAACGCAUUCCAUCGUCCCUUGAGCCUGUCUCGGAGUGUGGCGGCCCAAUACCAAAUCGAAAUCGUAGGUCGCAAUCUAGGAUGGGACAUUCAACUCAAUCUUCAAUUAAUAGUGUCGGGAUACCAAAUAUGCCAUCUUCCAAUCAUCCGUUGCCUACAUCAACUCCUCGGCGUCGUGAACUAGGCUCAAAAUUAUCCGCCUCGACUUUACGCAAUGAACCUACAACGACCAGUUCACAGCUCUUAAAGCUCAAGCGAUCAAUGCCAACCAUGAAAACUUAUCAGCCAUCGCCAGCUAAGCCAAUGCCUACACGAUAUGAGAGACCACCAUCUCAAACGGAGAGUGGUAAUAGGCCACUCUCAAUGUCUCGGUCUAAGGAUUCUGUCGAAAGAGAUCGAUCUGGAGCUGAAUCCAGCAUGUCUCUCGCUAGGAAGAAUCAUGUUCCAUUUCUACCUGCUGGUGGUCCAGUUUCUCAAUCUCAUCAUGUUACCGCAAAGACAUCCCGGCAUUUUCGUCGUCACGACUCUGAAUCCUCAACUAACAGCGUUGAUUUUCGACCGCCAUCAAGAACAUUUUCAAGGCAAACAAUGCGAUCGCCAAGUCCGCGUAGAACGCUUAGAGGUACUGAUGUUCUUGCUCGGGAAGCUACAUUGAAGCGACAAAUUACAAAACCUAUUCGAAGAAGACAUUUUGGCGACGGGCGUGAACUUGAUGCUUUCGAUGAUCUACCCACUUCGCGAGAUGCAGAACAAAAGUUUGUUAAGGAGCCAAUUGGCCGUGGCCCACCGAAGCAACUUACACUGCGCAAUAAGGCUCACCAACACAUUAUGCCCACACGAACCACGUCACCUAUGCCAUUGACACCCUUGACACCAGCUAAAAGUAGGAGUGAACUACCACGCUUUGCUCGCGAUACUGCUGCGAGUCGCAUGGCACGAGAAGCAACAUCGUCUCAUCGCUCGGUUUCCGGAUCUGGAGCUCCUCUUGCUGCCCUGACAAACCAAUGGAGGGCCAAGGUUGCAGCAACGACUGGACUCAGUCCCGUUCAUGCCCAAGGCUCAGUUAGAUCAAAGAAGAACAAGAUGCCCCAAAAGCCGCAACUUAUUAAGCCAUUGGGAAAUAUCAAUAACCCUAGAUCCGUGAAAGGAAUGCAAUAUGAUCCUGUUAAUUAUCGAUGGGAAGGUAAUGAAAUUGAAGUAUCGGCCUUUGAUCUGCCCGCUUCCGCAACUUCAACAGCUUCAAUACCUGUCCAGAUACCACGAGUAGCAGCACCACAAAUAUAUCGAGAAAAGGAAUCGUCGACUCCUCGUCCUGCUCUUAUCACCAAUAUAAAUUCUGCCCAAAAUGUCCAAGUCGUUGGUGGCAUGGUCUUUGACCCACAGCGUAUGUGCUGGCUCAAGAUGCCUAGCGAUAACAAAAGAACAAAGAGUGAUUCUGGAGAUACUAUGGAUGGUUUUGAUGCACUUGAUGAGGAGGAGGAGGAUGUUUUCAAGGAUGUUCCUGAUCUCGAAGAUGGUCCCUCGAAGGAAUCUGACGAAGUUUCUGGCCAAAAGGGUGAAGGUGCCAGUGGUCUGAGCGACUGGCUUGUUGGUGAGGAAUUUGAUGUCGGUCCGGAAUUUGUCAAACGACAGAGAGAAGAGGAGGAGCGCUGGAAAAGAAAAUGUGAGAAAUGGAUCGGUGCUGCACGCGACACUGAAGGGAACUCCUGGAGAUGGAGUAUCCGAGACGUAGUAAAUGAAUUAUGA